CAGCCAUCAUGGUUCCAGCCAUUUGAAUUCCACAGACAAGCCAUUGUCAGUGCAACAUUGUUGUCAUCAUUCUAACAAUUCUUUCUACUCUAACAUUUUAUAUCAGUUGGUUAUUAUCCAGAUGCAAGGUCCUACUUUGCACAUCAUCCUUGUGAUAGGCAGUAAUUACAUGAUAAAUCUAACUUAUUUUCUGUUUCCUUCACAGGUUCCUGUAGACGCGAUGUCUGUCUGAGUCUUUAAAGAGUUGCUUUGAGCCAGAAGCAGAGGGGAAGUUGCUGUGGUCACGGUUCUAAGCACACACCGGUUACAUGUUAUGCAACCGAAACCACACUUAUCACAAUAUAAUAUAUGCUUCUUUGGUGAAAAUCAAGAGUUUUAAGAAGAUACUUCCCAAAUCUUAUACAAAGGGGUUUUCUAUAAAAAAAAAAAAAUGCUUGGAAACUUGGAAAAGGUCUGGUACCACACAAAAUGUAUGAUAAAAAAAAUCUUAAACAUUGUCACGCAUCCACUCACACAAAUUCCCUCCCAAAAGUUAAUUUUCAUGCUCACUACCUCUUUUCACACUCGCACCAGCUGUCCCUGCUGACUUCUUCUUUCCUGUAAACGAGACCAGAAAACCCUCCUUACGUUAUUUUUUUAAUCACCAUUCUUUAAAAAAAAAAAAAAAAAUGAGAAGAAUAACUCUUUCUCUUGAACAGGAAAUCAAAAUUUAAAAAAAAAGAAAGAAGGUAAGACAACAUUUUUGACCUAUCACUACCAGGUUUCUUGGUUUUUCCAUUUCACGGCAGAAGUCGUUUACUUGAGUCACGGACAGAAAACGUACAACAAAGAGGGAAGCAGGAUUCUGGAUUUCCAAAGCAAGAGUUGAUUAAUGCUUCUGUGGCCUGAGAAUGAGAGAGUCAUGUCGGUUUUAAUUCUGAAGCUGAUUUUUUAGUUCAGUUGCUUUAAUUUGUCCUGACUUGACAUGAGAUUUCUCAUGUUAAAACAUAAAAAAAGUAAAGAUGCAAAGACGCCUGCAGACAAUAUGUAGCGUCUAAUUUGUUUUUAUGAAGCUGCUAGGACACAAUUGACAUGAUUUCAGUCAGAUAUACAGAAAUAAUUAAUUAAUAUCAGUGUUCAGGUUUGGUGGAAGAUCAAAUUCUGACUGAUUACGGUCUUCUGAGUCCUGCCACAGAUAAAACUGGGUUUAAUCUGAUGUAUUUUCUGUUGUUUUAGGGUUAUGUGAAGCACUUAAAAGAUUUGUUCUGAUGGAGGUCUUCUAGAGCAAUAGGGUGUACAGUCGAGGACAAGGCCAUGGGGGCCACAAAGGUUCUAAGCAACACCAUCCAGAUAAAUGCCACCCGGGUUUAAAAACAUGAAAACCUGAGGAUGAUAGCCAUUCCUCAACAUUUCAAUUUUAUGGGGCCUAAGAAAAUCUGUUCAGCUUAGCUUUAACAGCCAUCCCGGGCAAUCUGAUCACAACUGGUUAGUUUUUAGUGUCUGUGUUCGCGUCUCCUGGCUGCUGCCCUUGUUAUCAUCUCACUGAUGCCAUCACCGACAUCGGAAGACGAAGUGUUGUGUGUUAAAAACAAGAAAGACUUCCUCUGUUAUCAAAUUCGCACUUCCUUAACGAGUGUCUUUCACUUCACUUUUAUGUUUGUUCUAUUUGUUCCUACAGUAUGAGUCAUCCGACUGGCUGCUGCUUUGCCUUCCUCCUCCUUCUCCUCCUCUUCCUGUCCCAGAGCUGGAGUCAGGAACCAAACAUGGACGAUGAGAGGUCCUCCUGCAGCCACUGUGAUCCGCAUUUUUCCUGUAACUGUUCCCAUAGCGGAUACACCCGUGUUCCCGUGGUGACGGACCAUGCCCUGAUGCUCAACCUUGCCUUCAACAACAUCACCUUGGUGACCGAUGAUGACUUGACGGGCCACACCCGACUCAGGACUCUGGAUCUCCACAGUAACGGACUAGCUGUGAUCCAUCCAUCAGCGUUCGACUCUCUGUGGAACUUGGUGGAGCUGGAUCUCUCAGACAAUCAACUGACUGCUCUCAACCAUACAUGGUUCAGCAAACUGGAAGCUCUGCAGCAGCUCAACUUGCUCAACAACCCGUACAGUCGCCUGGGAUCUUCUGCUCCAGUAUUCCAGGGACUCAUCAGACUGAGGAAGCUGGCGUUCGGUGGUCCGGCCCUGAAGGACCUAAGAAGAGGAGAUCUGUCUGGAGUCACUCAGCUGGAUGAGUUCACUGUGCACGCCAACAACCUUACCAGAUAUGAGUCUGGUGCACUAGCCGACAUUUGGCCUCUGGGUCGGGUCACUCUGAGCCUCCAGGGUCCGAUUUUUACAAACGUGACUAUGGUCUCGGCUGUGCUCGGGGAUGUGUCCUACCCUGAGACGUCCAUCACUCUGGAAGACCUCCAUCUGGCUAACAACGAGACAGUUCAGUGCUUCAGAGAGGCAGCCAGCAAGAGAAUCAGGUCUAUCUUCUUUAGGAAUAUUUCUCUGUCUGAUGAGGCCACAGUCAACUUCAUGGUGGUCAUGAAUGGAGUGCCGAUCACCUCCAUUUCCUUUGACGGCAUCACCCUGACCGGCGAGGGCAGGUGGGAGCGAGCCAGUUGGACCGAUCACAAGUGCAUUGACGAGGUCUUCAUCCGCAACGCUGUAGUGCUGGACGUCUUCAAGUUUGUCUCAUUUCUGGAGCUGAAGUUUCUGCUGCAUUAUCCCAGGAAGGUGUCAGUCAUAAACUGCAAGUUGUUUUUGAUGCCCUGUCCCACGUCCCAACUCCUGGUGAACCUCCACUACCUGGACCUGUCCGAUAACCUGCUGACUGACUUCACAUUGGUGGAGUCAUUGUGCGACACAAAACCAACUCUGAAGGAACUCAGAGUUUUAAACAUGAGCGGAAAUGCUUUGAAGUCUUUGUCCACAGUGAGCCGCCUGGUAGCCAAGCUCUCCAAACUGACCCACCUGGAUAUCAGUAGGACCAGUUACAACUCCAUGCCCCAAAGCUGCCCCUGGCCCUCUACCCUGCGAUACCUGAACAUCUCUGGGGCUAAGCUUACCACCACCACUCCCUGUUUACCCAUAACACUUGAGAUUUUGGAUCUGAGUAACAAUGACCUCAAGGACUUCACUCAGAUUCUCCCGAUGCUGAGAGAGCUCCACCUCUCUGGGAACAAGUUGCUGACUUUGCCAGAUGGCAGCUUCUUUCACAGUCUGCAAACACUGACUAUACAGUCAAACACCUUGAACAUGUUCAGCUCUGCGGACCUCCAGUCAUACAGACAACUUGAGAACCUCCAGGCGGGUGAGAAUAAGUUUGUCUGUUCCUGUGAGUUCGUCACCUUCCUCCAGUCGCAACUUGAAGGAAGUGGAGGUGUGCAGUUAACAGAUGGAGAGGACAGCUACGUUUGCGAUUCCCCACUUUACCUUCAAGGAAAACCCGUGGAUCAAGUUCACCUUUCUGUUGUGGUGUGCCAGAGGAUCUUGUUUGUGUCCAUGAGCUGUGGGUUGGCGCUGGUCGUAGGAGUUCUAGUGAGUGUCUUGCUUUGGCGCCUCCACACUUUUUGGUACCUAAAGAUGACUUGGGCAUGGCUCAAGGCCAAGAAAAACUCCCGGCGACGUCACAGAGAUAGGGAAGGUUCAGAAGCUUUGCUGUCCUUCGAUGCCUUUGUCUCCUACAGUGAAAGAGACGCAAGCUGGGUGGAAAACUUCCUGGUACCUGAGCUGGAGGAACCAAGAGAUCUCAGAGCCCCCCGACCUUUAAACCUGUGCCUCCACAAGAGGGACUUCCUACCAGGUCACUGGAUUGUGGACAACAUCAUGAGUGCAAUGGAGCGCAGCCGUCGAACCGUCUUUGUCCUUUCCGAGAACUUUGUCCAGUCUGACUGGUGCCGUUACGAGCUGGACUUCUCCCAUUUCUGGCUUUUUGAUGGGCAAACUGGUGGAGAUGCGGCCAUUUUGAUCCUGCUGGAGCCGCUGGCCAAGGACGAUGUACCGAAACGCUUCUGCAAACUACGCAAACUCAUGAGCUCCACCACCUACCUGGAGUGGCCUCAGGAGGAGGAGAAGCGGGGGGAGUUCUGGAGGAGUCUCCGCAAUGCUUUGAGAGGAGAUGAACUGGACUGAAAGACAUAGAAAAAGGGUGGAAAGGGGUAAAAGGAUAAUUGGAAGCCAAAAAAAAGGACAAAGAGGAGUACAGUAAAGAAUGGAAAAGAGUAAAAAAGACAAAAUGAAGCAGCACAUGAACAAAAAGGGUUGUUGCAUCAGCAGCAGUUCAUCAAGUGUGUGAAAAUACUUGCACAGGAUUGAUAGGCUCAUGUGUGAACAUGUUCUGUUGUGUUCUAUUAGCUGACAUUGUUGCUGUGGUCCUAGAUGUCAGUGAAGGCACCAUGAGAGAGACCAAAGUUAAGACAGAGCGAAAGUUGCAUAUUUUCAAGCUUUAAUAAACUUGCAGAAAAGC